CGUGCCCUCCGCUUGAGUGGCGCGCGCAGGGUCAGUCAGUUGUGCUCCUUCUCUCACCGGCUCAGCACGAGUGGACUCCUCCUCCCCCGGGCCACAGUCAGCCACGCGGUGCUGUCAAGAUACUAAUCCAUCGCUGUCUGGGAAAGAGCGUGUGGUGGACAGGCAGACAAGCUCGACACUGCCGCAGCAUCUGAUAACACAAGAUUACCAUAAGCCAACACGCCCACGCCGCGCCCCUGACGAACCACCGGCGACGCAUACCUUUCCCAACACCGGUGCGUGAAAUCGACAAGAAAACGAGACAAAAAUAAGUUUAAACGUGAAAUUAUUGAACUUAAUUUUAAAAAAAGUCUAAGUGACGAAAAAAAAGUGAAAAAAACUCAGAAAAAUACAAAAAAUCGAGUGAAAUAAACUGUAGGAGUCACAAACACAAGUGGUUCUUUGUACUGCCUUGAAGAACGCCACCUUUGUCCUCCAUACACUGGUGGAACACGCCCUAGGACACACACGCCCUUAGAAACCCAGGACAGUCACUUCCUAAAAAAUUAACCUCUUCUACAACUCCUGCACCUCCUGUGUCUCCGUCAGCGCCUUCUGCAGCAGCCAUGGACACUAUCAAGCCUUCAGGUCUCCGCGCCCCACUUCGCAUUACCCGCCAGUUCUCAGAGCCCCUCACUGUGGACAUCCCCGUGAAGUUUAGCCGUCAGUUCUCGAGUCCUGACGCCAAAUAUGAGUUCCUGAAGACCCCGCCCUCUUCCAAGUCCUAUAAGUUUGCUCCUCUCUCCACGCCCUCGCCUUCUGCAGGAGCUGACGGUGAUCGAGUGGACUUUGAGAUCGAGAAACUGCGACGCCUUAGUGAGGAAUUCAACAAGAAAGACUUCGCCCAUCUGAACGGCCACGCAAGUCCCAAGAGCAAGAGUGCAUCCCCGCCGCCAAGACCAGUGCCCCUCCUCGCUAAAUACAAGCCAGAGAUCAACGGUUACAACAACAACUAUAACCACAACAACAACGACUACAACGCUAUCAAUCACAACCACCACAACUCAAACCUUACUAACGGCCACAGCCACAGCCCCACUUCUCUAACUAACGGGGAUAUAGAGCACCAACCAGGCUGCAAGUUAUAUUAUAAGCGCGCCAAGUCACCGCUGAGAGAGAACGGUGUGUCUCAUUCGCCUCUGAUUGAGAGGAAGGCCACACAGAACGAUCCCUUCCUUCCCUUCACCUUCCCUGACCUCCCCUCCUACAAGAUGCCGGCCCAGAGGCGCUUCAGUGAGGAUGUCAACUUUCGCAGACCUUUGGCUACCCUUCAUGAGGACGAAGUGAUGGCCAGAAGGCGGUUCAGCGAGGAUGUAAGAAAGAAAUCCCUCGAUACAAGCGGGGUGAUGGAGGACGUGUUCAAGCACCACCGCCGCCUCUCGGAAGCUGGGGUGCGCCGCCUUUCAGAUGCAUCUCUUGUUCUGACAGAAGAUACUGACAGUUUUAUCAUUGGAGAUCGAGUGUGGGUGGGCGGCACAAAACCGGGUGUCAUAUCAUACAUUGGGGAGACACAGUUUGCUCCCGGAGAGUGGGCUGGCGUCACUCUUGAUGAUUCUAUCGGUAAGAAUGAUGGCAGUGUUGCCGGGGUGCGCUACUUCCAAUGCGAAGCCAAGAAGGGAGUUUUCUCCAGACUGACGAGACUUUCUAGGAGUCAGCUCACCGACUAUGACAUUGAGCUCCUCUCGUCCCGCCGAUCAUCGACAGCUGGAUCAGAGUCACCCAAAACCAAUGGCACACCAGCCAGCAGCAUGACCUCGGGACCCACCUCAACUGCUGCCUCCGCCCGCAAAGUUACUCCCAGUGGCACCUCGUCAUUUGCCAAAUCAGGCUCCACGGUCUCCGCCAAGAUCUCUCCAACUCCUGCUGCCACUCCCAAGAAGACCAGCACCUCUACGCCAGCAUCUUCUUCAACUGAUGCCAAGAUUGGGGACCGUGUGGUCAUCACGAGCACCACAGGUGUGCGUCACGGCAUCCUGCGCUUUGUGGGCAAGACAGACUUUGCUGAUGGAGUGUGGGCAGGAGUGGAGCUGGAUGAUCCAACUGGAAAGAAUGAUGGCUCAGUGGCUGGCAAAAAAUACUUUGAAUGCAAAGACAAAUUUGGGCUGUUUGCUCCUGUUGGCCGUGUAAGCAAAUAUGCCACUGGUUCAGGGGCUGCCCGCCGAACCUCGGCUCACCAGACACCAAGGGCAACAGUGCGUCGCUCCAACAGCAGGGAGUCUCUGGGAGCAUCUUCAGUGGCCUCCUCCACCACCUCCUCCGUCAGGGGCACCAGGGUAAGACUUGGCGUCACCUCCCUCACUCCAGGUCAGAGACCCACCAGCCGGCCCAUGACCUCCUCAGUGCCCAACACCAAGGCCCUCCAGGAAGCUCUGACUGAGAAAACGCAACACGUUGAUCAACUGAUGCGGGAGCGUGACUUGGAGAGGUCCGAGGUGGCCCGCAUGGCAGCGCAGGCAGAUGAGGCCACCAGGGCAGCGCAGGACAUGAAACUGCAGCUGGACAGACUACAAAUAGAGUCAGAAGAGAGACUUCACGACUAUGGCGAACGAAUUCGAACUCUACAGAGAGAAAAAGAGGAGAUACUGUCCAAACUUGAAGAUAAACAAAAGGAAUUGGAUGACUUGUCUUUCCAGCUUGAGGAGGAGUCCAUCUCAAAAGCUGACCUUGAGAAAGUGGGACAGACAGUAUUAAGUCGAAGCACAACAGAUGAAGAAACUAUUAAAAAGUUACAAAAGGAGCUGGAGGAAGCUAAACGAAGGAUACAAGAUCGAGGGAAAAUGGAAGAAAAUAAAGCCUUUGAAAUGGAAGAAAUUGAAAUCAAUCUUAGGGCGAGCAUAGAAGAGUUUCAGAUGAAGGUAAUGGAUUUGGAAAAGGAAAAGGAAGAGCUUGAAAAUUCAUUAUCAAAGAGUUCCGAGGAAGUGAAGACCAUGCAGGCAAAUAAUGAAAUCUUGAAAAACAAUAUUAGUGAAAGGGAGCAAAAGAUAAAAUUGUUAGAAACCAGUCGAGAGGAGGAUCAAGACUUGUGUGUGAAGAAAUCAACGGAGAUUUCUGAAAAGGAUGUAAAGAUAAAGGAGUUACAAAUCUUGCUUAAGAAUAAGACUGGGGAAUGUGAAGACAGUGUGCAAAAGCUGCAGGAUGUCACCAAAGAUGUGGAGAGAGGAAGGAAAGAAAAUGAAGCCUUGCAAAAAGAAUUAAAAGAUAUCCAGCAGCAGCUCAGCAGUGGAGUAUCAGAAUCAUCAUCUCUUGUUGCUGAAGUCAGCAAACUAAAAGAAGAACUGCGGAAUGUAUCGGCUAAAUUAGAGAAAUCUCAAGACGAGACAUCUUCCUUGGUGGCUCAGAAGACCAAGUUAGAAACGGAGCUGAAGACCACCAGUGCCUCCAUGUCUGAUAGCACUGCCAGACUUUCUGAAUUAACAACACUUGUUAAGCAGAAGGAGAAACAACUUCAUACUGUCUCAGAAAAACUACAAAUGAUGGAACAGUCUCUGAAGAAUGAACAAGAAAGUUGGUCUGCAGAGAAGAAGAAACAUGAGGACAUGUUGGUGAACCAGGAAAAAGAUUAUAAAAACAAACUGCAGAAACUUGAAGAAAAAAUGGUCACACUGGAACGCAACAUUACGGAUAAGACAUCAGAAGGUGAGCAGCUUGGCCGGCAGCUAAAGACUGCAGAAUCUCUGGUGAAGUCGCUGGAAGAUGAGAGAGAAAAGCUGAAGGAACAGGUGUCUGCCUCAUUGUCAUCUUCUUCAGACUCUUCCAAGCAGCUAGAAGUUCUCAACAAUCACCUUCAGGAUAAGGGAAAACAGCUGGAAAGUAUUCAAGUACAGUUAAGAGAAACAGAAAGUUUGUUAUCCCUGGAGAAAUCAGCGAGGGCAGAGGAAGUUGCAACUGUUAAGAAGACCCAGGAAAGUAUGAAAGAAAAGCUUGAGAAAAAAAUCCAAGACAUGGAGAAGAAUUUAGCCACCAAGGGAGAAGAAGUCCUGUCUGUGCAGAAACAAUACAAGGCUGAGCAAGAGGAAUUAAUAAAGAAGAAGGACUUGGAAGUGUAUGAAUUGCAGGAACAAGUUAUGAUGAAGGAAGGAGAACUGUCUGACUUAGAGAGCAAGGUGAAGAAGUUGGAGGCCCAGGUGAGUGAUAUGAUGAGUUCCUCAGCUGACCAACAAGGAAUCCUGGAGAAGUCCCUAGCUAGUCUGCGGCAAGAGAAGGAUCAACUUGCCAAGGAAAAAGAGGAGAUUCAGAAGAGCAAGAAGGAAGUGGAAGAAAAGUUGUCUACCAUGGAUAAAGAGAACUUAAAGCUACGCAUGGAGAAGGAAGAAAACUUGUUGCUGGUGACACAGAGAGACAAGCAGGUGGCUGAACUGAAGGCAGAGGUGGAGCAGCUGAUGGCAACCUUCAACACUCACCGAGAGGACCUACAGAAGCAGCUGGUGGAGGCGCAGAAGGACAAGAAGGUCAUGGCAGAAUUUCAGCAAACCUUCAAGGCUGAGCUGGACCGCCUGAACGGCCUGCAGGAACAGCUGACCGCUACUGAGGAACAAAGAGUUGCUGCGCUGAAGGAGAAGGAGCAGCUGGAAGAGGAGAUCCGGAAACUGAAGGGCAUUGAAGAAGAGAAACUCAUUCUAGUCAAGGAAAGAGACAAAUUAGCAGAAGACGUUAAAACUCUUCAAAGUAUUCAGUCUCAAAACACUACACUUAACAAAGAGAAAGGUGAACUCCAGGAGGAAAUGAAAAAGCUAUCUGAAUCACAAAAAACAGAGAAGGAGCGUCAUUUGGCCGAGAAAUCUAUACUCGAAGAAGAAAUAAGGACCCUGAAAAAGUCUGAGGAGGAAAGAAGUCGACUGGGAGGAGAUGUUGAGAGGCUCGAGAAUGAACUGAAGAAAAUGACGCAGAUACAAGAAAAUAACAGCACCCUUACUUCAGAGCUCAAAAAAAUAAAAGAGGAGAAGGAGGAAAUGGCAGCCAGUAUGAAGGCCUUGGAAGAGAAGGUCACAGCAAAACAACAAGUGGAAGAGGACAACAUAAGACUAACCUCAAAUCUUAAAUCUGCUCACGAAGAGAAGAACAAACUCCUAAUUGAUGUUCAGCGUCUUGAAGCGGAGGCUGCCACUGGAGUGAAGAACCUGGACGAUGUGAAGGACAGACUGGAAAACACCAUGAAGACAAUGCAGGAUGAGAAGAAAGUCAUAGAGGAAGAAAAGUCAAGGCUGGAAGCUGAAGUUCGGGAGCUAAGGCAAGUCAAGGAGGAGAAGAAGAACUUGGAGACAAAGAACUUGGCUCUCACCCAGAACAUAGAGGAACUAAAGCUCAGCCAAGAAGGACGUGUAGGGGAGUUUGAAACAGAGAAGUUCAAUUUGGUGGAGGAAGUGGUGAGUCUGCAGGACCAAGUGGCGACGCUCAAGACUGAAAUGGUCACCGUGAACGCCAGGGCGGCAGAAGCGGAGGCGGAGGUGGAGAAAGUGGGUAUCCUCCGUGCCAAGGUGGAACUCCUGGAGACGGAGAAGCGAAGACUGGAGAGCAAGAUUGUGGACCUUCGGGUGGAGGUGGCAUCGACGGAGAUUAGUCAUAAUGAUUCAGAUAGCUUUUUGAAGCAGAUGUUGGAGGAGAAGGACCAGCUUGAGGGACAGGUUAACUUCCUCAACUCACUCAUUGUUGACAUGCAGAGGAAGAAUGAUGAGCUUAACACUCGCAUCCAGAUAUUUGAAAUGGGAAAUGUUUCGGAUGACACCAAAGCCAACAUGAAUGGCAUCAACUUAUCUGGAGUGCGUCCAGUGGCUCCUCGCAUGUUUUGUGACAUAUGCGACUGUUUUGAUGCGCACGACACUGAGGACUGCCCCAAGCAAGCCACCUCAGAGUCCCCGCCACCCUCACACCACCACGGGCAAAGGGGCACUGUCAGGCCGUACUGUGAUACAUGUGAAGUAUUUGGACACGAGACGGGUGAUUGCAAUGAAGAUGAAACGUUUAACUGUGGCUGUGAAUUGUAUUAUAAGUUGAAAGUUGUAGUUUAAGUUAUGUUUGACUUUGUUGAGAUUUUCCUAUAUUAAAGGAGAGUAUUAAGUGCUGAAAAAUGUAUGACUGUCAUCGUUUUAUCUGUCAUUUACAAAGGAUGGCAGUGAGCUGAGUGAAACUAUUCUUUAUUUAUAAAGGACAUUGAUUCAUGAAAUGUGUGAAGUUGUAAAAGAUUUUAAAGUUCUUGAUUUAAUCUGAUUUUAGUGUGAAAAGUGCUGAAGGUUUUAUUACUUAAGCAAUAAUCCAGUUGUGCUUUUUUUUAUGUGGAGGUUGGUAAUGCAUUUUAAACCAGAUUAAGAAUAUUUACUGAAAGUAAUCACAGCAUAGUAAUGUUCCCUCGCAUUUUACAAAUUAUAUCAAAGCUGCUUUCGCUGUGAGUGGAAGUUCCAGAUGUGGAGAUGUCAUGUUUUCCUUCUGGUGGUGUAAUGCAGCUGGAAUUAGUUAGUUUGUGGCAGAUGUGCAGCUUUUGUGCUUCUCUGUCUCUGAGGCUGUGUUUUGCAGCUUCUGUGGCUGCAGCAGGAGCAGAUGAUGUGCAGCACCUCUUUGGUUCAUACACUGCAGCUUUGAGGGGAUAUUCUUGUAUUGCUCAUCCAGUACAAUAAGUUCUCAGUAAAGCAAUAAUAGCCCUCCUGAGAAGCCAGCCAAGCCGUGGAGAGGAUGCUUUGUGAUGGCGGCAGACGUCCCAUAGUUUUAGUGAAUACGUCUUCCCCCAGAAACCUUGCAUUAAAUCGUCCAGUCUUGAGGGAUUCGUAACCUUUAAUAUAGCACUCCGUGAUCCAGUCCUGCAAGUCACUAUGGCACAUAAGUUCAGUUUGUCUUUAGGACACGUCUUCCCUUGCUUUGUGAUAGCAGCUUAGCUCCACACCCUUGAACUAGGCAUAGGUUCCAUAAUGCAUUGGUUUCCAUAUCUAACUAUUUUUCAUUCGUAAAAACAAAAUUUCUAGUCAUUAAAGCAAAAGUCCUUUCAUUCUGGCAACAAAAGACACAGUAGAACAUCGUAUACAUUUGCCAUUUUCUCACUAACCUCAGUAGAGAUUUCGAAGUGUGUUGUUAACGCACCACUAUCUAUAAUUUACUUUAAGAAGUAAUAGCAGUUUUCAGCUAAACAGAAUUCAUGCUGAAAAUACUUCGCUAUCUAUGCCUAUAACAAAUAAUAAUCACCAUUUUGAAAUAGACGCAACAGUUGCCAGUAGUUGAAUAGAGGAGUGAUGGUCUCCAGUAGCCAAACAGUAUUCAUGUGUGACAUAAGACAGUAGGUCAACCUUAAGCCAGAUAGUGGAAUGAAUGUGCUGCAUAGUGGAUCCACUUCCCAGUCUGACUGUAGGUGGAAGGACUUUUGCUGCAUUGUCAAAGUUUAAGAAAUAUUCUUUUUGAAUCAGUAUUACAAAUUAUCCAUUUUUACUCAAGCUCCCUUUAGGCAUCACUUUUACUCAUAGUUAACUAUAUUCUAAAUCUUUGUGCAACUUGAUCUAGUUAAAGAUUAACUUGAAGUUGCAUCCACAUCAUUCAUGUCUCUGUACGUUAUGGGCAGGAUUUGAAGUUUCCAAGGAGUUCUUUGCAUUUCUUACUUACUUUAUUGUUUUACAAAUUGGAUGUGAUAACCUUUUCUUCCUGAUGUGGUUCCCAGCAUACCAGUACCACUUAGGAGGUGACAGGGUAAUGUGGUGUCGUGGAGGCGUCCAAGGAAUCACAAUUUGGGUCAUGUUACUCAUGUGCCAGUUUUGUUAUGUGCAUUCUAAAAGUUGUAUUGGUUUUGGUUCACUAGGGAUCUGUUUAUGUUAGUGGACCAUGUUAUAAUAGUUUAUCUGUUACGCAUCAUUAUUUUUGUGGAGGCAAGACCAUAAUGUUUCAUACUAACAAAGUAUUGCUGUUUACCUUUGCUAUAUAUGAAAAAUUCCAAAUAUUUUUGUAAAGACACUGUACAGAAAAACUACAAAUAUAGCUCUCCUUUA